CAGCCUGAGCUGUGAAUGCUGAGGGAGGAUAAGGAGCUGGCUGAGGGAGGACUGACAGAGCUGUCACCUUGCUGGAGAGGCUGCCAGACAGAGCAGUGACACAACAGAGCACAGCAUCACGUUCUUGGCUUCACUGAAUGUGUGAAGACUCAGAGGAACAUCUCACUUUACCUUCAGGGGCUUGUGAAAAAAAGUAGAUUGCACUAGUACAGGACCAUCGCCAUUAACCAGGAUUGGCUUUUAGUCAAAGGUUCAAACUGAUAUUAAUUUUACUAAAUCCACAUCCCACACCAAGCAUGGGUACAAGAGGCCUUCUGGGCUGCCUCCUCCUGAUCGCCGUGCUCAGCUUAUCCAAUGCUGGGCUCGUGAAGAAAAUCCUACGGCACCGGCGACAGACUCUGGCAUCCCCUAAUCAACAUAACGUCUCCCUCCCCGGUGCAGACCAACCUGUGGUUUUUAACCACGUCUAUAACAUCAAUGUUCCUGCCAGUUCCCUGUGCUCAGUGAACCUGGAUGCGCCAGAGGACACGCAGCUCCAUCCCAACAAAGCAGUGGUCUCUGCGGACCGCCAUCACAUCACCGAGCACACCAUCGAUGGGGAGAACCAGAUCGUUUUCACCCAUCGCAUCAACAUUCCUCGGCAGGCAUGCGGCUGCACUGACGACCUGCCCGGCCUGAAAGACCUGAUGAGCCGGUUGGAGAUGCUCGAGGGAGAAAUUUCAGCUUUGAGAGAUCAGUGCACCGGUGACGGGGCCUGCUGCAGUGCACAGGUCACAGGUGAGGUGGGAACGAAACCUUACUGCAACGGUCACGGAAACUACAGCAGUGAAACCUGUGGCUGCGUAUGUGAGUCUGGCUGGAAAGGACCCAACUGCACUGAGCCUGAGUGUCCCCAUAACUGCCAGGACCGGGGCCGCUGCGUGGACGGCAAGUGUGAGUGCUUCAAGGGCUUCUCUGGAGAGGACUGCUCACUCAAGGUCUGCCCCGUGGACUGUGGAGCUCAUGGCCGGUGUGCGGGUGGCGUCUGCGUCUGCUCGGAUGGUUUCUUCGGCGAAGACUGCUCUCAGACCAAGUGCCUCAACAACUGCCUAGGCCGCGGCCACUGUGAUGACGGAGACUGCGUGUGCGAUGAACCCUGGACUGGCUUCGACUGCUCAGAGCUCAUCUGCCCCAAAGACUGCUAUGACCGCGGGCGCUGUGUGAACGGGACCUGCUACUGUGAUGAGGGAUACGCCGGGGAGGACUGGAGGCAGCACCUGUGUAACGACUGCCCAAGGGGCAGGAGCGGCGGAGUGCUCGUGAUGUGUAUCUGUGACGUAGUGGCAGGGGCUAGACUGCUGCUGCCAGAGAGAGGGCGCGUUAGCUUAACGGCCGUGUGCGAGGCCAGCCGCGGAGCGCUGCAGCACGGACGCUGCCCUCGACUGCUCUGCCAGGGGAGUGCAGGAGAGCUACUGUCGAUGAGACUGCUCUGUGCUCUGCAACAACAGAUAACUGCAACAACAGGCGCUGUCUGUGAUGAGGGAUCCAUCGGAGAGGACUGCUCAGAAGUCUCUCCUCCAAAGGACCUUACUGUCGACGAAGUCACCACUGACACAGUGGACCUGUCCUGGAAAAACGAGAUGUUGGUGACCGAAUACCUCGUGACGUACGUGCCCACCAGUCCCGGCGGUCUUCUCCAGGAGUUCAACGUGACUGGGGACAAAACUUCUGCCACCGUCAAACAGCUUGAACCUGGCAUCGAGUAUCUGAUCAGUGUCUAUGCUGUUCUGAGCAACAAGAGGAGCGUCCCUGUCAGUGUGAGGGUGGCCACAGAUCUCCCACAGCCAGAAGGUGUAAGAUUCAAGUCAGUGAGAGAGACCUCAGUAGAGGUAAUAUGGGACCAGCUGGACAUCACCUUCGAUGGCUGGGAGAUCUAUUUCCGCAACACGAAAGAAGAAAAUGGAAAAGUCGCGAGCACCCUUCCACCGUCUCAAAACCAGUUUGUCCAGUCAGGCCUUGGACCAGGACAGGAGUAUGAAGUCUCCAUCAACAUCAUCAAGAACAACACCAGAGGACCCCAAACAUCCAAAACAGUCACCACCAAGAUCGACAGUCCCCGGCAGGUGGAGGUGAAGGAUGUGACGGACUCCUCGGCGCUGGUGAGCUGGGCUCAGCCAGUGGCCCCCAUGGACAGGGUCACCAUGUUUUACGGGCCCACCUCCGACCCCUCAGAUGAAAGCAGUGCGGACAUUCCCCCCCCAGACAAGCAGUACAGCGUUGCCGGUCUGAGGCCGGACACUGAGUACACGGUGUCGCUCGUCUCCAGGAGCGGAGACAUCACCAGUGACCCUGUCACCACCAGGUUCACUACAGCCCUGGAUGCCCCCAAGCACCCGCAGGCCGUGUCCCAGACAGAGAACAGCAUCACUCUGGAGUGGACCAACAGUCAGGCUGAUGUCGGCAGCUACCGGGUGAAAUACAGCCCCAUCUCAGGAGCGACUCAUGGUGAGGAAGUGUUCCCACAAGGACCAGGAAAGACCACAAAAGCUACCAUCACUGGGCUAAAACCAGGGACGGAGUACGGGAUCGGUGUGACUGCCAUGAAGAAUGAGAGGGAGAGCCUCCCAGCUACUACAAACGCAGCAACUGACAUCGAUCCUCCCAGAGAUUUCGAGGUUAUCGAGUCCACAGAGACCUCCCUCACUUUGAGGUGGCAGAAACCUCGGGCCAAGGUCAGUGGCUAUAGGCUGGUAUACGUCUACGUCUCCAGAGAUGGGCAGGUUGAGGAGGUGUCGAUCCCAGCCCCGGCGACUAGCUACGUCCUGUCCAACCUGACUCCUGGAAUGAGCUACAAUCUCACUUUGGCCGCAGAGAGGGGACAGAAGAGGAGCACGCCUGUCACCCUGCAGGCAUCCACAGCCUCUUUCACAUUUUAUUUAGCUGUCUCAGACGACCGUGAACUAACGACUCCUACAGGCUCGGAGGACAAUGUCAUUAGCUUUGUGUAUUUAGACCCCUCUGAGUCCCAGCUCUCUGGGACGGAGCCUGAGGAUGAGCUUGGAACGCUGACUGUUUCAGGCAUCACGUCUGAUGGAUUUGACAUCUCGUGGAGACUGAACGCUCACAGUGUUUAUGAUAGUUUUGCAGUAGAAUGUAAAGACACUCGGCGAUUAUGGGAUGUGAGAGAGGUCCAACUUCCUGGAGAUGCCACGGGCUCUAGAAUGGAAGGCCUGAAGGCAUCGACAGAGUAUCAAAUAAAACUUUAUGGAAUAACAAGUAGCCAGAGAUCUGCACUACUCGAAGCUGUUGCAGUCACAGCACCCAAGCCUACCUCCCCAGAUGUAAUUACGCUGAACAUCAACGAUGCUCCAACAGCUCCACAGUCUGCUCUGGAUAACGAAACAGUUCAAAACCCAGAUCCCCUCCUUCCCGUAAACACUGAGGCUCCUUCCACCUCUGAUACUGCCGUGACGAUCUCUGGGGCUGAGCCUGAGCGUUCAAACCUGGAUGUACUGGGGGACCUCAAAGUCACAAAUGUUACCCCCACUAGAGUAAGCUUGGCUUGGUCGGCGCCCGACGAGGCGUUCGACAGCUUCUUGGUGGAGCUCACUUCUCCAUCAGGGGUGACGCAAGCUAAUGCGACCACAUUACCGGGAAGUGUGAGGAAGGCUGAAAUAGAGGGUUUGUCCCCCUCUACAGACUAUGAUAUUACAUUGCAAGGGCUGGUGGAAGGGAAGCGAUCUUUGCCUCUCAAAGUUUUUGCCACUACAGAGGACCUGAAGCCCAAGGUGGUGAACCUCACCAUCUCUGACAUAACAUGGGACAGCUUCACUGCGUCCUGGAGCCCAAUGGGUGGGGAAUUUGACACCUUUGUCAUUGAGAUAACAAACUUGGAGAAUUUCGCAGAGAGCCAGAACCUCACACUGUCUGGAGACGCUUUCAGCCUGAGCCUCUCCGGGCUGAGUCCCAACACCAGCUACAUGGUUGGCCUGUAUGGGAUGUAUCAGGGCUCCUUCCUUGAACCCGUGUACAGUGAAGCCACCACAGUGAAUCAACCAGUGGUUGGCACACUGUAUGUCUCAAACUUAACGUCAGAGAGCUUUUCAAUCCUCUGGAACGGCACUGAAGGAGAGUUUGAUGGUUUUAUCCUGGAGGUUAUUGAUUCUGAUUGGCUGAUGGAGCCAAAAGAGUUUAACAUAUCCCACGAUGUUAAGUCCCGUGACCUCACAGGGCUCAGGCCCAGCACUGAUUACAUAGCCUACCUCUAUGGGACAUACAAGGGAUCCCGAACAAGCGCUGUCAGUAUUGUUGCAUCAACAGCUAAAGAGCCUGAUUUGUCCAGGCUAGUUGUUUCUAACAUUACCUCAGACAGAUUCUCUCUGUCGUGGCGGACAGGAGAGAGGGCUUUUGAUAACUUUAUAGUAGAAGUCAGAGAGUCUGCUUUGCCCUCGCAGGCAAUGGGGCGCGCUCUGCCAGGAGACGUGCGCUCCACAGUCAUGGCCGGGCUCAAAGCGAGCACAAGCUACGACAUAAAGCUGUAUGCCAGCGCCGGUGGCCAGAGCACGCAGCCUCUGUUUGCUGUAGCUACAACAGAGGAUGUCCCACAGUUGGGGCCCAUAGCUGCUUCAUCUGUGAGCCCGCAUAAUCUCAGCUUGUCCUGGAGCACUGUUUCAGGGCAUUUUGAUGGCUUUGUUAUCCGGGUCAGUGACUCUGAGCAGCAGUCUGACACGCUGGAGUUCAGACUGCCUGGUGAAAUCCGUAACAUUACGAUCUCUAACCUGAUGGAUGCCACAGGCUAUGACAUUGAACUGUAUGGUAUUUCUCAUGGGCGCCACACUCCCUCAGUGUUAGCCCACGCCGUCACAGCUUCCUUGCCUAAAGUGGAAAACUUGACCAUUUCCAACAUAACCCCCUAUGGCUUCCGUGUGUCGUGGGAGGUGAAGCAGCAGCUGCAGCAGGAGGACUUACCCCCCUCUAGUGGUGGCUUCAGCCACCUCCACAUAGUGGUGACAGACUCUGGCUGGCUGUUGGAGCCUCAGGAGUUCACUGUGCCGGGAAACCAAAGUCACUUGGACAUCUGGGGCCUCAUCACUGGUAUAGGAUAUGAGGUCAGGCUGACUGGAGUGUCAGAGUCAGGGCUUCUCUCUCGGCCUCUGAACACAGUGGCUGUGACAGAGGCUGAGCCGGAGACGGAGCAUCUCUUUGUCUCGGACAUCGCCGCUGACAGUUUCCGUCUAUCCUGGACGGCUGAUGAAGACAUGUUUGACAGAUUUGUGAUUAAACUAAGAGACAGCAAAAGAUUAGCCCAUCCUCAAGAGUACAACGUCCACGGCGAUGAACGAACCAAGGUUUUAACUGGGCUCAUGAGUGGCACUGAAUAUGAAAUCGAGCUUUAUGGUGUCACAUUGGACCGUCGCUCCCAACCUAUUACUGGGGUUGCUCAGACAGGCCUGAGCACGCCAAGAGGACUCCACUUCUCUGAAGUGACUGACUCUUCAGCCAUAGUUCACUGGUCCAUGACUCAUUCUCCAGUGGAUAUCUACCGCAUCACCUAUGUACCCUUUGAAGGAGGAAGCCCAAUGGCGGUAACUGUGGAUGGCAGUGUGUUUGAGGCUUUGCUUCCCAAUAUGAUCCCCGGCAAGACCUAUCAAGUAACUGUCAGUGCUGUGAAGGGUCUGGAGGAAAGUGACCCCAGUACUGACACUGUAACCACAGCUUUGGACAGACCUCAGGGUCUGAUGGCAACGAAUGUCACUGACACUUCAGCUCUGCUGCUGUGGCAGCCGUCCGUGGCCACCGUUGAUGGCUACGUCAUCACCUACAGUGCUGAUUCAGUGUCCCCAGUGGUGGAGCAUGUUUCUGGCAACACCGUGGACUUUGAGAUGGGCUCCCUGGUUCCAGGAACCCACUACACAGUUGGAGUUCAUGCGAUGAAAGAAGCUCAGAAGAGCGACUCUGCUGUUACUGAAUUCACCACUGAUGUGGACCCUCCUCGUGAACUGACGGCCAUCAACAUUCAAACUGACAGUGCUUCUCUCACAUGGAAACCUCCGCAGGCUGCUGUCACUGGUUACAUACUCACCUUCUCUUCUGCUGAUGGUAUAAUCAGGGAAGUGGUGCUUAGCCCAACAGCCUCCUUUUACAUCAUGCCUCAGCUAACUGGCUCUACAGAGUACAAUGUCAGACUGCAGGCCAUCGCCAGAGCCCAGCGGAGUCGACCUGUAACUACCGUCUUCACUACCAUUGGACAGUUGUACAAACACCCCAAGGACUGUGCUCAGAUUUUACUGAAUGGAGACACGACCUCUGGUCUGUUCACCAUCUACGUGGAAGGAGAGGAGGUCCAGCCCAUCCAGGUUUACUGUGACAUGACCACAGACGGCGGAGGGUGGAUGGUUUUCCUCAGACGCCAGAAUGGAAAGCUGGAAUUCUUCAGGAACUGGAAGAACUACACAGCUGGCUUUGGUAACAUGAAUGAUGAGUUCUGGCUGGGUCUCUCAAACCUCCAUAAAAUCACAUCCUCUGGCCAUUAUGAGCUGCGAGUGGACUUGAGAGAUAUGGGGGAAUCAGCCUACGCUCAGUAUGACAAGUUCGCGAUUGCAGAACCAAGAACACGCUAUAAAGUCUACAUAGGAGCCUAUAGUGGAACAGCAGGUGACUCCAUGACUUACCACCAGGGUCGACCAUUCUCCACCUUUGACAAUGAUAAUGAUAUUGCUGUCACCAACUGCGCCUUGUCUUACAAAGGUGCGUUUUGGUAUAAAAAUUGUCAUCGUGUCAACCUCAUGGGGAAGUACGGCGACAACAGUCACAGUAAGGGGAUCAACUGGUUCCACUGGAAGGGCCACGAACACUCAAUUGAAUUUGCAGAGAUGAAGAUUAGACCAGCCAACUUCAGAAACUUUGAGAACAGGAAAAAACGAUCAUAGACUUGUGAACCCCCGCCUCUUUCACACCUCGUCUUCACCCCACCCCCGCCCCCAAGCCUCACCAGCAGUCAUGAACUUCUGUGUUUCUUCAUCUUUGCGUAUUCCCUAAAAUACUCACAUACCAAGGCAGUCACACUGAUUGUAAUUCAUUCUGGCUGUGAGAAAUGAACCUGGUAUAUUCACACCAAAGAAUCAAACAAUUAGCUGAUUUUGUGUAGCCAUCCCAAUUUGCCACCGUUGUAUGUGUGAUUAUGUUUCUGCGUUCCCAAAUUUUGGGUUCCAAGAGAAAGUAACUGUUGUGUUUGAGUGUGAAUGGACAUACAGUGUAUGUGUUAUUGGGAUUUAAACAGCUGUAUUCAUAUGAGAGUUAAUUGUAAAUUUGUGUAAAUGGAUCCACUGAAUCAGUAACAUGUCAAAGGCACAUAGUCAGGAGGCGUCGGGCCACAUCCUUCACACACCCUGAAGUAACGGGAAGUUAAUUCAGUGGCUUUGUGUGUUGAAUUAGCUCAGUUCCUCCUUAUUAAACAGAGAUAUGAAGAAAACCAAUGGUGACACUUUAUUUUAUGGGUCCUCUUUCUGAUUUAUUUCCAAAUAAUUUCCUAAGAAGUUUCCUGGAAAUAAUUAUAUCAUUUGGUAGUAAUUACAGGUAAAACAGAGUGUGAUCAGUUGGUAUACUUCAGUUAUUUCUAAGUGCUGAACUAGCACAACAUUGAAAAUUUUAGUCAGAGGAUAGCAGGUGAGCUACACAUGAAAAAUGUGAAAAGUGUCUGCAAAAACAAAAAUACAAUUCAGCAUAAAUGAAGAAUAAACAAUGAAUGAGUGAAUAAUAAAUAUUCACUGGGGUUUAAAUUGAAAAACUUCUUUCAUGGAAAUUCAUCUAGAGAUCAAUAAUAAACUCAACUAACUCAACAUAUUAAACUAACUAAAAUAAGUCUCAUAAAAACUGUCCAUUUUUCUGUAAUUUUUACCAGACAACAUGGUUAUUUCCCAGAAACUUUCACGAAAUUAUUAGGAAAUAACGGACCUGUAAAAUAAAGCCUUACCAAAUAAAUGUAUGAAAUGAUGCGUCUUAAUCAAGAUAAUGAACUCCGUGAAAUGUUGCCAUACAUUUACUCUCAAACUGGGAGACCAAUCCCAUUUGCAGGCCGCUAAUACCAUUGAAUUCAUAUUUAAAUUUUGAUCUAUGGUAUUUUGAUAGAAAAACAAAUUUGAUGCUCUGUAACCUUCAAUACAAAUAAAAAUGUUAGUUUGAUAAAAGUGUGUGUGAGCUCUUUUUCAUAAGAGCACAUUUAAACCAUUUCCAUGGUUCCAGGCCAGCAGAUGGCAGUUUACUCUCUAAGCAAUACUGGUUGGGCAUGUAAAGUAUGAGGUAUGUGGUUGUCUGUUGCUACCCAGGAGCAUAUUUUACUGAGCAAGGAUCAAAAAUAUUGAUUAUUCAGGUCUUGAAAAGUCUUAAAGCAUGUAUCACCCUACCACUGUGUUCAGCCACCUAAUUUUUAAAAGGAGUCUACUCGAUUAACCUGAAGCAUACAGUCUACCGAAAUUAAAGCAUAUUUCAGGGUGUAUUCUAUUAAAAAAAUAAAUCCUAACCAAACAAUUCAACUGCAUGUGGUACAUAAGCAUAGCCUGCAGAUUGGCUGCUCUUGAAUGAUGGAACAUAUUAGUGAGAUAUCUCACUCUUUCUCACACACAUAUACACACAGACAGUUUUCUCGCUCGUUAAACUACUCCAGCUCUCACUGUUUUUGUUUUCUGGUCCAGUAUAUGUCUCCCUCUUUCGUCACAAAAUCUUUGACUGUUGAAGAAAAAGCAAACUCAGUGGUGUUGCAUACGUGUUGCCUUCACUUCCUGAAAGUGUUAGAUUCAGGGCAGGUUCUGGGGCAGAUGGAGAAAAACAGGAGCUUUCUGCCAACACCGAAACAUAUAUGGAGCAUACAGAAAUCGUUGGGCACCCGUAAUCCCCGAUUCUACCCCCAAAACUGUCCCUGUAAUGACUUUUGAGUAUCAGCAGGAACCCUGCGAUAUUAGCUAGCUUAGCAUUAGCACAUUGAUACCAGACCAUUUACUAACUUUGCUAAUUGUGUUUGUUUUUGCUGUUGAAUUCAAAUAUCACCAGUCUUUCUCCACUUAUGCCACCUUUAAGUCCUGAUUUUAACCCAAGUUGGCAAAUUUAAAGUGUUUGUAAAAAUUAAAUCAGUUGAUCCAGAAUUAGGAUUAUAAAUGCCCCACGUUAGCUAACGAAAGCUGUUUCUGUUAGCCUGCAUCUGCUACUACUUGAUAAACUCAUAUCUAGAAAAGAAUAAGAUUAUGGACAUGUUUAAUUUGUAUGUAUUUAUGGUUAUCAUUACGUGCAGUUUAACUAAUAUCAUAAGCAGGGAUUUAUGGAAGGGAUUAUGUAGCUGCCAGUAACUAAUGCUAUAUUUAAAUAUCCUGGAACGUAUAUGUCACUGCUCAAUAACAACACCACAGUUUAGUCCUGUCCAUAAAGGUAGUUAAAUCAUUUUUCUCCAAGUAGGGAAAAAAAUUGAGUAACUUAUACAUUAACAUUUCUAAAACGGAUGAGUCAUUAUAAUUUUACAAUGUAUAAUGUGCAGGACUGGAGCUCUUUACUAUUUUAUUCUUGAGAGAAAAAAGAGAAAACCCAGAUAAUAUUUUUCCUUUAAGAUUAAUAUUACGUGUCAUCUAGGUGACACCAACCAUCCUAUUUCUGUCUGACAAUGUUGGAGACAGCUUUUUUUAUAAAGUAGAAGAAUCUGCAGAUGGCGUAAAGAGCCUCCGCAUUGGCACACCAGUUAAAGCAUGAGGACUAAGGGAGCAAUGUUCAACAGUUUUUUGUCUUUUCCAAAGGAUUCCCACUUAGAUAGUUAACUUUACGGAUGAUUUAAUGGCUUAAAGCCAAAUGAAAGCAAUAAUCAGUAAACGGGGACACUCCAAUAAAUGUAAUCAAAGCACUCGUCCACUAUUGAACAAAGAAACAAGCAAUAACUAUAACAAAUAUAAGUAACUUACUCAGAAAGAAGGAUCUGAUGCACAGUCAACUUCAGGAGAUAGGCAAUAUCACAUGCUGAUCAACAUGCUGCAGCAAACAAAGGCGGAGACUAAGCAGGGCCUGAUCCAGGCCACUUAUUAGUUCAGGUAUGGCCUGAUAAGUUGAGGCUAAGUGUUGUGCCCCCCCCCCCAGGACUGGGCACACGUUACGCUGUUUUGGUGGUGUAAUGUGACCUUUAAAAGAGGAGGCAUUGCACAAAAGUGGAAAAAGCAGAAAAGCAGAGUUUAUACUUUCUGCCACUUCUUUCUCCAACAGGUUUGUUAGUUGCUCUGAGCUGACACAGAAAUGAAAUGGAGGUUAUCACUUCCAGACUUAGCUGAUGGUUGUCCUUAGACACCACUACCUUUUGCCCCCCAAGGGCCGUCAACACGACUUUUGAAAUGGAAGUUAUCAAUUCCAAAAGUAGCUGUGCCAACAUGACCUUAGUGGCAUCAUCAGGGGUACCUGAUUUUAUUAAUCUCCACUGUUCAAAAGUCAAGGAUUUCCAAAAUGAUCCAUGGUCCAGGACAUCCGUUCGACUGGUUGUUUAUGAACAUUUAAAACUCUCAGUGCAACCACUACUAACUCUGCUCCACAAUAACUUCAUGCACCUGACCUGCUCUUACUCUAGGACCCCACAUAAAAAAACCCCGGAUGGUCAUCUGACUGCCUAACUGAAAAUAACAGUCACAUUACAUAGGAAUAUGUACAACAUGAUUCAAUCAGCAUGCGAACAAAACUGACUGUAAUCUGUGGUAUCUCCCUUGUCUGUGAUGAUUCUUUUGUAUCCAUGGUGGCUGUUUGUGUCUAAAUAUGUGUGUGUGUUUUAUAAAUGCCUGGAUUGGGUUUUCACUGACGAGUCUGUCAGUUUAACAAUAGCAGAAAUGAAGACUAACUGAAUGUGGAAGCGGGAAGGACUGAUAAAUAUAUAGAGAUGACACAUGAGAGUCUGACAAUUAGCUGAACAUUUUCUCAUGUAUAAGACCAGUGACAGGUCCUCAUAAAAUAUGUAAAAAUAUCGUUUAUUACUACACAGAUACAGUCACCAACAUACUUAUCCAAGUAUCCAAAGUAAAAGUACUGGAUUGUUGAUACUGAUGCAGGCAUAUGCAGAAUUUUACUGCUUUACUGGAGCUAAUUUGAAGCACUUUAGUCACAGUUGGGUAGUUUAAGUCCAGUCCAUUAAUCUGUAUUCAUAUUUUGUUCAUUUUUUGUAAUUUUUUGUUUUUUGUUUUUUUUGUUUUUAUUGAUGAAGCAUUGGACCAUUUGACUACUUAGGUCCGGUAAUGUUAUUUAAAUAAAUCAAUCUGAAAAAUUUGAAUGGGAAAUCUCUUUUUGUUGGGACUGAUAAAAACUCAUAGACAUCUGAACAUGCGACAACGGACCCCAACCCAACAUGGCUUUUUGGUGAGGGGUCACGAGAUGAAAACCACUGGUUUAAUCUUUACCGAUGUGCGGUAUUUUCUACGCUUAUCUUAUGUUUUUUUUCAUAUAUAAUUGUAACCCGAAAA